AUGAGUAGCCAGCAUGUCGAACACGAGGUGGUCGAGGGCGCGUGCAGUGAAUUCGUGAUCCCUCAAAACGACCAGGCCGUUGAUAUCAACCAACUAUCGGCGGCUGCCGCAUUGGAAAUAUUGUGCACCAGCGUUGAGAUGCUCUCUAAGGCCGCCACGGACUGUUCAGAUGAUUGGCCGGUGGACACUGGGCCUCACCCACUAUGGAAAACUUGGGUCGACGGUGCCCCCUUGAUGCAGGCCUCGAACAAAGCAACCGAGCUACAUUGCUCCCCGGCGGGAGACGAGCAAGAGGGCCACCACGAUUACUUUCAACAGAGCAUACUGUCCAAGCGCUUCCUCUCCAAACGAGAGCCGCCGAUCUCUCUCAGGGACUACUUGUUACGCCUUCAUCUCUACUGCCCCAUGUCGACCGCGGUCUACCUGGCCACAAGCACGUACAUCACCCGCAUGGCCAGUGUUGAAAGAGUCAUCUUGGUUAGUCCGAAAAACAUGCACCGCUUGGUACUUGCGGGGCUCGGUGUAGCGAUGAAAACUUUGGAAGAUCUCAGUUAUCCCCAUAGCCGGGUGGCCAAAGUCGGUGGGGUAACGGAGCGCGAGCUCUCCAAGCUGGAGAUCAGCUUCUGUUUUCUCGCGGACUUUGACUUGCGAGUGGACGCCCAUAUGCUCUUCAGCCAAGUCGCAAUUCAUGAUCAGAGAAAGGAUCUUUGCCAUGAUGCCGAGGGCUAG